AUGACGAACUUGGGCAAAGAUCCAAGGCGAAGAGGACAGAGGCGUGACGAAUUAGGCAGGCGUAGUUUAAGGGAAUCAUCAUCGUUUGACCGUGUCGUCUUGGACUCAGCGAUCAUGUUCUGUUUCACUGUCGUUCCCAGAAUGGCGGGGACACGGCCCGUUUGGCCCAUGAAAGCGUCACCAGGCAUUGUGCUCCAUCCCCGUGUCGGCCCAGAAUCGAUGAUGUUGUCUGGGGGACUCCUCGGUGCGUGUUGGAGGCAAAUCGUAUGUGCCCAAAACAAGAAACGAUCCCCUGCCACUGCUUCGUUUGUCUUCUUGAAGCGGUUGCAUCGGUUUAGGUUGUUUUCCAUGUCGCCGGAGCCCAAAGAAUCUCCCUCUAACAAUGCAGGACUCCAGGCGAGUCCCGAUGAGGCCACCAAGGGUUACAUCAUGCAGCAAACUAUGUUUCGAAUUAAGGACCCUAAAGUCAGCCUCGACUUCUAUUCUCGCGUUUUGGGCAUGUCGUUACUUAAGAGGUUGGACUUCCCAGAUAUGAAGUUCAGUUUGUAUUUUAUGGGCUAUGAGGAUCCCAAAUCAGCUCCCAGUAAUGCGGUGGAUAGAACUGUUUGGACUUUUGGUCAGAAGGCUACAAUUGAGCUAACACAUAAUUGGGGAACUGAAAGCGAUCCUGACUUCAAGUACCACAAUGGGAAUUCAGAACCGCGUGGCUUUGGACACAUCGGCAUCACAGUUGAUGAUACAUACAAGGCCUGUGAGAGGUUUGAAAAACUGGGAGUCGAGUUUGUGAAAAAGCCAGAUGAUGGGAAAAUGAAAGGGAUAGCAUUCAUCAAGGAUCCUGAUGGCUAUUGGAUUGAAAUCUUUGACCUUAAAAAUAUCGGCAACACUGUAGGGACAGCUGCCUGAUUUUAACUUUGCUAGAAGUUGGAGCCUUUCAUGCAUCUGAAGAUUAUCGCUCACCAUCCGUUGACACCGGAGCGAUGGAGAUCAGGACGAUUUUCAAUAGCAAGAUUUUGAAAUUAGGCUUUAUGAGGUCUUUUGCCUGUUCUUGAGACUUGUUUAAUAAUGAGGUCGCGUGCUCAAGUUUUAUCUGGUCGGUAAUACUUCUGUUAAGUGGAAUAUUCUAUUGGCCUCUAUAGGUAUAGCAUGUCUUUGCUGCUUAUUAGUUCCAUACCGCGGCUUGAGCAGAGAUAACGAUGUCGAAGUUUGCAUGUUGGUUCUUAUUGUAUCUGGAUACGAAAUGUAAUAUCGAUACUUCUAGUCCAUGCCUGGGAUGAUUGUGAAGAUAAUAGUACCGUUGCCGUUUGAUAA